CCGGCUCCAGGCAGGGAACCGCUCAGACGUCCAGAGGGAGCAAAGAUCAGCAGCUCAGACGCUCAGGAAGAUAAAAACAAGAUGAGGGUCAGUCUGCAAACGCUGAUAACAUGGCUGUUGCUAUCAUUAGCAUCAACAUUGGCAUCAGCGACAACGACGGCAAUGACACCAGCAACAAUGACAACAACUACAGCACCAACAUCAAUGACAACAACAACAAUGACAACAACUACAGCACCAACAACAACUACAGCACCAACAAUGACAACAACAACAACUACACCAACUACAGCACCAACUACAGCACCAACAACACCACCAACGACACGAACAACAUCGACACCAUCAACAAUAAUGACGACAUCUAUACAUUCGUCAACUGAUUUCAGCUCAUCAACCUCAUCAUCUCAAACCGAGAGCGGCACUACGGCCGUUUCUGCAGCUUCAUCACCACCAUCAUCAUCCUCAGUGACCUCAGAUGCUACG